AUGAAAAAACGAUCAUAUAAUUUAAAUAAUUUAAAAAUAGUUGGUGAUACUCUAAGUAAAAAAAAAAACAGAUCAUUAUAUAACUUUUCGUCAAAUUAUGAAUUGAAUUACAAUAAAAAAAAAAGACUAAAAUGUAAUGAUUUUGAUCAUUUAGGAGAAGAAAAGUACGAUAAUGAGAUAUUCUCUAAAUUAAAAGAUUUUUAUAAAAAUAGUCAUAAUCUUAGUUGUAAAAAUAACCCGAAGAAUGAUUACAGAAAAAAUAAAAGAAAAGAAAGAGAAUUUAAAGACGAAAUAUUGAUAAAAGAAAAAAGAAAGGUAUAUACAAAUAAAAUUUAUAAUUUAUCGAAAAGCGAUGUUUCUGAUGAAGACAUUAGAAUAAUUGAGAGAAAAUGUUUUAUUAAAAAAAGAAAAAAUUUUUUACAUGAAAAUUUAUAUUCUAAAUCGGAAAACAAUUCUAAAGUUAAAUAUAAAAUACGAAGAAAAAAUAAUCAAUAUGCAGAAAUUGAUUUAUACAAAAAAAAUAAUUUUAGUGAAAAUUGCAUAAUUGAUGUAAAAAAAAAAAAACUCGAAUGUUUAAAAGAAGAAAUAAAAAAAAAAGAGAAAGACAAUGAAGUUGAAGAAUUAUUGAAAAAAGAAAAUAAUAAAUAUGAUAAAAGUAACAAUUGCGAAAAAAGUAUAAAAAAUGAAGAAAUUAAGUGCUUAAUAUAUAAUGAAAACGAAAAAUUCUCAAAAGAAGAAAAUAAAAAUAAUCAGGAAAACGAAAAAUUCUCAAAAGAAGAAAAUAAAAAUAAAGGAAACGAAAAAUUCUCAAAAGAAGAAAAUGAAAAUAAUCAAGAAAAUAGAAAACAUAGAGAACAAAGAAAAUAUGAAAAAUUAAGAGAACAAAUAAAACUAAAACAGUGUGAAUCUACUUUUGUUAGUAAUAAUUUGAAUUAUAAUGAAAGAUUUUUUGAUAAAUAUGUAGAAAAAAGUAUUAAGAAAAAUGAAGAAAACUUAAAGUUAGAAAUUAAAGAUUUCAAAGAUGAAACGAAUAAUAAAAUUAACAAUAAUAAAAAUAAAAGUGAUAAAUAUAUGAAUUAUAAUGAUAUAACUUUUUACAAAUCAAACAAUCAUAUAAUCGAAAAUGAAAGAACUAAUGGGGAAAAUAAUUUUUUUAAUUGCUGUAGCAGCGAAGAUAAAAUAUAUGAAGAAAUGGAAGAAUAUUUGACAAAUAACAAGAAUUAUAUGGAUGUUCAUGAUAAAUUAAAAGAAAAGAUAAUAAAUUUUAGUGAAGAUCCUUAUAGUAGUAGCAACUUAAAUUUAUUAAAUCUGAGUAAUAAAUUAACAUUAUAUGAUAAAGAAACAAUACUACCGAACGAUAAUAUUAAUAAUGGUAAUAAUACUAAUAAUAGUGCUGCUAAUAAAUAUAACAGUAAUAAUUCUGUUCAAAACGUCGAUAACAACAAUAAUAUUAAAGAUAAAAUAAUAGAAAAAAAGAAAAAAAUAAAAAGUAUUCAUAACGAAAUUUUAAAUUUAAUGAAUGAAGACAAUAUAAAUAAAAAUGAAAUAACAAAUGAAGAAAAAAGUUCUUUAGUAAAUAAAAAUGUAAGAGAAAAAAAAAAAGAAACAGAUCAAUAUUUUAUUUUUAAAGACAACAAGUCUACUUAUUGUAAUUUAUUAAAUAUAAAUAAUAAAAAUAAAAAUAAUGAAAAAAUAAACAAUAAUAAGAAAUAUAUAAAUAGUAUAUAUAAAAAUAAUUUAGGUAAUAAAGCGUAUGAUGAAAAUGAAAAAAAAUAUUAUAAUGCAAUUAGCUUUUUUGAUUAUGAAGAUUUUUCAUCAAAUAGAUUAUUCUUAUCUAAGAAAAAGGAGGAAAAUCUUAAGAAAUGUGCAAUGAAUAAUAAAAAAAAAGAAACAAGUAUUCUAGAAAGUAAAAAAGAAUAUAUAAAAAAUAUAAAGUUAAUAUAUGAAAGAGAAAAAAAAAUAUUAGAUGUAAAUGUAAAAUUCAUUGAAAAAUAUUCUUAUUUUAAAAUAAUUUUAAAUACAUACAGUGAAAAUCAUUUAAUAAAAAUGAAUGAACAUAUAAAUUUUAAGUUAUCGAAAGUUUUAUUUUCUAACAAAAUGAUAGAUAAAAUUAAUAAAAAUAAUUUUAAAAAAAUUAUGAAAGCUUUAGACUUUUAUGGUUAUUUAUACAAUAAUACUUUUUUAAAAAAUCUCUGUAAUAAAAUAACAAUAAAUAAUUGGUUAGGUAACAGAAAGUUUUUUCAUGAAAUAUUCGGAAAAAAAAUUUUAAAAAUUGGAAUCUUUUAUGAUUUAGUUUAUCAUUUUUUAUAUUUAAAUAACACUUUUUUGGAAUUCUUUUUUACUAAAAAAGGUGGACAUUUUAUGAAAACGUUUUUAUUAUAUGACAAAAAUAAAGCAGUAAAAUUAAUUAAUAAAAUAGUAAAGGACUUGAAAAAUAUUAAUCCAUCUACUAAUUCAGUUGCAAAUUUUUUAUACGGUUUUUUUAUAGGAGAAAAUAAAAAAAAAAAACUUAAGAAAAUAAGAAAUCACAUUAAAGAUCAGCAUCAACAUAAUGAAUAUAUGCAUUUAAAAAGUAAUAGCAUAAACAUAAAAAAGAAUAAAAAUAUUUCUGGUGAAAAUUUUUGUGAAUUAAAUAAAAAAGUCAAAGAUAACUGUAUUUAUUCAAAAAAAAAACAGGAUGCAUAUAUUUAUAUAAAAAAUUCGAAAUAUAAAAAAAAGGUAUUAAGAAGUAUUUUAAAUAAAAUAUGGUUAAAUACAGAUUUAUAUAUAAAAGAAGAAAUAUAUUAUGAUCAAAAUUUUACUAAAAAAAAAAAAUUAAAAAAAAAUAAAAUUAAUAAUUUAAAAAAACUAAACAACCUUUUAUAUGAUAUCAAUGAUUCAAGUGAGUCUAGUGUAUAUUCCUUUCUAACUGAUGAAGAAAGACAGUAUAACUUUUAUAAGUCAGAUGAAAAUAAUUUAAACUUAAAUGAGCAAUUAAAUGAAACAUUUCACCAGUGUAUAUAUAAUGAAGAGAUAGACGAUGAUCCAAUUAUUCAACAUCAUGAUAGCCAUGAAAAUAAUCAACCUAAUGAUUAUGAAAAUAAUGAAGAAGAAAAUGUAGAAAUAGAAACAAAUAGUAAUAAUAAUAAUAAUAAUAAUAUCAUUGAAAAUAGUAUAAAAACUUUUCAAACAUUGGAUUGUAUUCCAAAUAUAUCUUUUGAUCUAUAUUCUGAAAAUAACAAUUAUCACCAAAAAGGUAAUUCAUUUUUAUCGUUAUGCUUUAAGGAAGAAGAGAAAUGUAACAUAGAUAAAUAUAUAAAAGAUGUUUCAUUUUUAGGUAUAAGAAUUAGUUCAAAAGAAAAUAAAAUAAAUUAUUUCAAUUGUUUUGAUGUUAAUUUAAAAAUUAAAAUAAAAAAUCAUUUACUAAGUAAUAUAAAUUAUAAUAUAUCCAAAGACGAUGAAAACAUUUCUGCUUUUUUACCAGUAUGGCCUAAUAAUCCUGAUUAUUUUGGCUUUAAAGUAGGCAAAAACAUUAAAAAAGAGUUUAAUGAAAUAAAAAGAAAUAUAAUGCAAGAAAAAGGAGAAAAGAAAAAAAAGUCAUGGGAUAUAAUUAUUAAUAAAAUGAGUAGUAGAUUAAUGAAAUUUGAUGAAUCAAAAAAAAUUUUUGACAAAGAAAAUAAAAUGGAAAAUAAUUUUGAUUUUAGCAAGUCUUAUAUUUCUAACAAUGAUAUUGAUAAAAAUAAAAUAACCAAUAUAGAUGAAGUAAAAAUAAAAGAUUGUAAUUUUUUUUUAAAUAUAAAAAUGUACCCUAUCCGUACAUUAACUUUAUACAUAUUAUAUAAUUCAAUAUAUAAAGAUAAGAAUUUGAAUUUUGUAGAGUUUUUUUCUAAUAGCAUAAACAAUGAAAUAAAGGAAUGGUUGCUAUUAUUUUUACUUCCUAAUUUUAUUAAUAAAUGUAUACAUAAAGUUACAUUUCCCUUAAAAUUAACAAAAAAUAUAUUCACUGAAUCUAACGAAUUUUAUGAAGAUUUUUUCUCGAAUGAAUAUUUAAAAAUUAAUGAUAUUGAAAAAAUUAUAAUAUAUUCAAAAAAUAAUAGUGAAGAGGAAAUAGAAAUUUGUCCUUUUUUUUUUUGUUAUAAAUGGUUAAAAUCAAGUAAAUAUAAAAUUGAUAGAUGGAUUAGUUCAAAAAUCAAUGAGAUAUUCUUUACUUUUCCAUAUGCUAAUUUCUUAAUGAGUAAAUAUUUCUCUAAUUUUUUAUUAUUUAUUCAAUUAUUUCAAAGUUCUUUAGACAUAGAUCAUAUGUAUUUAUGUAAAUCUCAUUUUUAUGUUUCACUUAAACACAAUAUUUCUUUUUUACAUGAAUCAAUAGUUAAUGUUUUAUUUUCAUCAUUAGGAAAACUAAAAAAUGUUUGA